GAAGUAUUUCAAGAGCUGUCGUGUCAAGCGUGACAGAUACUGAAGUGUGUCUGAAAGGAGAAUUCAAUGAUAUUCAAUGGAAUCUGACUGAAUGUGUUGAAAGAACGGAGAAAAACUCUUGUUCUUCUACACACACUGUUCAACUGGACACAUGUGAAUACACAAUGAAUGUUGAUCUGCCUCCAGUCAAGCCUCAGAUAAACUUCAAUCAAACUAUUCCCUCUCAGUUUGAAUGGACUAAUAAACCUGCACUAUGUAGUGAUCCAUUUAUCAUCAAGUGCACCAACCACAAGAACAAAGACAUCAGAAGUUAUGGUUUAAAUGAUUCAGUGUCAUUAUUACCAGACACACAGUACACCUGCACUGGAGAAUAUUCUUAUGAGAAACCCAUCAAGAGUCAAGAGCUCUCCUUUAAAAUAACAUGCGAUUGGCAAAAGAACGGACGGUUUCAGGACAAAUCCAGCAGCUCAUUGAGAAUCUCCUGGACUUCACUCGAGGAUGAUCGAUGCUCAGGGAUUGAAUGGGACCGUUUUUCAGUCAGCUGUGAUCAUCAUAAUCACGGGAUCUGUAUAAAACACAGUGACACUAGUACAGUCUGCAGUAUUACUGGAUUAUUGCCAUAUAAAAAGUAUACAUGCAGAAUUACUGGAACAGUCGACCAAACAGAUUAUGAAAUUUACACCGGUGACAGUGAAACACUUUCUGACAAGCCCAGUUUCCAAUCAAAAGUUGAAGUAACUCACGCUUCUCACAAUUCUCUUGAAAUAAAAUGUGAAAUCAAUGGACCAAAGAUAGUCUGGAAUGGAGGAGAAGGGAAAUUCAAAGCUGAAAUCACAUACAAAGGAGAAACUAUCACUGAAGAUACACAGGACACAUGCUUGUUUAAGUUCUCAGAUCUUUACUACCUUACAACAUAUGGUAUUAAGAUUACAGCCAUAAAUAAGGAAGGACAUUCAGCUCUCAUUACUUCUGAAGCUACUACUAAUUACAACGACAAGGCUGUGGUUGGUUUCCUGGUUUUCCUGAUCAUUGUAACAUCAAUUGCGCUGCUCUUCAUGCUUUUCAAAAAGUACUUUCUAAGAAGAAAGCAGUCAGUUUCACAGGAGGAAGAAGAUGGAGAAGAUGAAGACUGUGUUGCUCAAGACAUAUAUGUGAAUGUUCCUCUGCGUGUACAUAGACCUGAGAAAAAAACAAAGUCCGGGGGGGGAUAUGAAUAUGAAUAG